UAAUACAAGUACUUCAGAUACUGUUGAUUCAUCUCAAGAUUUAAAUGAAGAACCAAAUUUGAGUAAUACUUCUAAUAUUACUAAUUCAAGAUCUUUAGCUGAUUCUUAUUUUAAAUAUAUUAAUUUGAGAUAA